AUGGGAUCCUUCUUCUCUUCCCCCGGUGCUGACCCCGACGCCGACGCCGACGCCGUCGACUUCCCUUCCUUUGAUCGCCAGAGAAAACAUGAACGUGAUGCCCUCGCUGCCAACAUGUACACCAUCUUUGCCCUCGGCCAUUACAACUCCAGGAACCCGGUACUAAGAUCACUAACUAUAUGUUUGUGUGUGCGCGCGCAGGAUGCUAUGUUCUAUCCUGCUGCGGAGCCCAUGGAAGUGCCCAGGGCCGCCUGCGUCGGCUUCAGGCAGGACUUCUGGUACCAUGUCGGCUUCUGGGCCCGACGGAGGGAUGCCACUGACGACAAUGAACAAAAGUACUUCUUCACCGAGCUGCGGUUCGAGCGCCGGUCUAGACGGCUGGUGGUCGAGACAUGCACUCUCUUAGAAAAGCCGAUGUGCCGCUUCAAGAGUAGGUGCGCGUUCUGCCCGGAUAGAUUCCAGAUCCUGCACCCGAGUGAUGCUGAAGAGUUUACUUGUGGGAAGAAGAGGCACAAAAAAAAGUUUUUCAGGGAGAGAAAUAUGCUCGGAAGGCCUUUCAUGCUUAGAUAA